AAAGUAUAUUGUUAUAUAGAUAUAUAUAAUCCACUACUGAAUAUUUUAAUUAUUACGAAAUUGCAGUUUGCAUCUUUGAUUUCAAUGGUUGAGCUCUGACCUAGCAGAAGGGAAUUCCCAAGGUUUUCCAAACUCAUACUUGAGGGCUAUUAGCGAGCUCUCGUGACACAAACGUGUUUGGCGUAUAUAUAUUAAUAUCAGCGUGGUAACACACUAGUUUUUGAAUACAGAAAACUCUGUUAAGCGGACUGUAACUAACGCAAGUCGACCCUGAGACUCGUUACAAGCUACGAGAAGUCGGAAAUGAAUCUUCUACUCGUAACGUUGGUAUCUUAUGUGUUCAUUGCUGGCAGUGUAGAAGGAAAAGGACCGGGGCAACGGUUGCUAUGUAGUUCGAAAUUCCCAAGAUUUGUCGACUGUCUGAGCAAGUAUGGACACUUCAAGUUGAAUCAGACUUACUGGGAAUGUCGUGAGAGGAGCUCCCCCAAUGUCCACGAUUCAAAGUUUUUCAAGUUUGUUUGCAUUGACCAUGGAGUUAGAAGAACGUUUGGAGAAUGUAUUCAUGAGAAACAACAACCCGAGCCGCUACCACUCAUACCCGAGGAAUGUACCAAGCUCUAUGGAGGAAGGUUGGCUCGAUUGGGGAAAAGGGUGCGUCAGUAUAUCUGUAGUAACAAAGCACGAUAUGACUGCAUAAGAAGUAACUCUCCAUCAGAGAAAUUAGAAGUUAUGGAUAAAUGCCGUCAGAUGGCGUUCCCAGAUGUCAGCGCAGAUGAAUUUUUCGGCGUCUUAUGUGACAAUUCAGAUCCUUCAGUUGUAGAGAGCUCUGGCGAGUGGGGCCUCUGUAUGAAGAAUAACACAAAAAGCACUCGAGGUGUGGGUGGGCCGCUUUCUUUCAUACCGGAAUGUCACCGUGUCCCAUCUUCAUCGAUCUCCAAAAAACGCAUCCAACAAGCACAGCUCGAAGACAAGGGGAAACAAGUUCAAAAGUUUUUAUGUGGUAACAGAGCUCGCUACGACUGUAUCCGUCAGAGGGCGCCUUCCAAGGAGCUGACCAUGUUGGAUGGUUGUAUGAAAAAGUCGUUUCCUGGAGUUAGUACAGAUGAAUUUCUUGAUGUUAUUUGUACAGACCCAGAUUCUCAAACAAUGAGCAGAACAAGUCAGUGGGCAGCUUGUGUAAUUGAAAAUACCAAUGAAGCGACUAGGAAAGGUAGUUUACCAUAUUACAUGCAGGAAUGCCAAAACGCAGUAACACCAACUACGACGAAAGAAACGCCAGUUGUUCUGACAGUAAGAGCUCUCAUCGUAAGGAACUUCUUUUGCGGGAAUUGGAGCCGUUACGAGUGUUUGAAACACGAAGCACCUAGAGAUGUGCAGACCAUUUUACUGUCGUGCAGUGGACUGGCGGAUGAGGAGCUUAAAGAAACAUUAUGCUCUUCAGAUGACGAUCACAAUCAGUUCAUCAACAAGUGGGUGGACUGUGUUAGAAGUGGAGUUUUAAGGACUCAAGCAGGACAAACAAGCACAUUCCUUGAGAAAUGCGUGGCAUAACCGGACAGAAGGAAGUGAUCAACUCGAUAUAUAAAAUAUAUUUUCCCAUUCCCCGAAUAUUGUUUUUAGUUGUCUUUUCGAAAUGAAGUUAUUGGUUAGUGAACAAAAUAAACUGUAUAUUAACUGUUUGUAAACAAUAUCCAAAACUACAGUUAAAAAAUAACUGAAAGAAAAAUGAAAUUGUGUACCAGCGCAUUUACAAAAGUAUAUUUUGUAUUAUCUAGAAACGAAUUUCCAUUUUAAUGAAUGUUGAAGAAUAGUAAUACCUUUUUAUAAUGUUCUACUAAUUUUUACUUAAAUAUGUUGUUUUCUCGUUGUUAUGAAAUUAAACGGAUUCAUUGUCAGAUUAA